AUGUGUCUCCUAAAGGAUGGAUCAUCCUCCACACCUCAGCGAGGAUCCUUCAGCACUUUGGUUUUCCUUCUGGUCCUCAUACAUACCUGUGCAGGUAAAGACCCACUUCUUUCAAAAAGAUCCCAGAAGUUCAAACCAGUAAAGUCCAGUCUUCCAAACUGGUUCUCCUGGUAGUUCUGGAGUCCCUCAGGGCUCGGUUCCAGGACCUUCUUCUAAUCAGUCCACCUUCUUUCAGAUCAGUCUCUGCUGACUCCCUCACAGCCCGCUGUAGCUACAGUUGGUGAAGACAUCAUCUUACCGUGCCACCUGGACCCUGCUGUAGAUGCCUCAGACCUGACUGUAGAGUGGAGGAGACCUGACCUCAAUCCCAGAUUUGUCUACGUUUGGCGUGACGGCCUGGAACUAGAGUCCAAAAAACACCCGUCCUACAUCGGGAGAACUUCAGUGUCCAUCAGAAACCUGAAACACGGAGAUGUUUCUCUGAAACUCAAGGGAGUCCAACUCUUUGAUGAGGGGACUUAUGGAUGCUUCAUCCCGAUGCUGAACCGUGAAGUUCCUGUAAAACUUCUGGUUGGUGAGUCCAGAACCUUAGAGAACCGGAUCUUCAACAGAACAGAUUUGUUUCUAGAAGAGUUGAAAAAUUCCAAAUACGGUAACUAAUUUAAACUUGAUGAAAUGAUCUUCUUCUGUCCAGGUGCAGCCUCAUCUUUGGUCAUCAGCUCCAGAAGGUCUGAGAAUAAUGAGGUGGUUCUACAGUGUGAGUCUGAAGGCUGGUAUCCAGAACCUGAGGUUCUGUGGCUGGACUCUGUUGGAAACCUCCUCUCUGAUGGACCUACAGAGACGAUCCGAGGUCCUGAUGGUCUCUACAACGUCAGCAGUAAAGUGACCGUGGAGAAGAGAGACAGAAACAUCUUCACCUGUAGAGUCCAGCAGAAGAACCUCAACCUGACCAGAGAGACCCACGUCCAUGUUCCAGGUAGAGAACAGAGGUCUUGGUUUUUUCAGCAGAAGUCUUUUUUCAACAUUCAUCACUUUAUUUUCUUCUUCCACAGAGGACUUUUUCAAGACUCAACCUUCGUCCGUUUCUACGAUCAUCCUCAGUGUCAUGGUUGCUGUCAUGGCGAUCACGACUGCCGUUGCCUGUUGGGCGUUGUACCGCAGACAGAAUCAAAAGUGUAAGUGUUCCAUGAUAAAGUCCUGGGUCCUCAUUUAUCAACGGCGCAUAGAAAAGGUUCUAGAUUCUGAUGCAGGAAUGAAAAUAAGAAAAUCGUUAUUUAUCAAACAUGCCGACACCAGUCGUACGCACACAAGCAAGUAAUCAUGAAAUCAUGGAGGUGCACACUCACAGUCAUGUUUCUCCAGAGCAACAACGUUUAACAGCUGGAGCCUAUCUCAGCAUCUUCGGGUGAAGGCAGGGGACACCCUGGACAAGUCGCCAGUUCAUCACAGGGCUGACAUAUAGAGACGAACAACCAUCCACGGUUACAUUCACACCUACCGGCAAUUUGAAAGUGGCCAGUUAACCUAACCCCACUUAUGCAUGUUUUUGGGAUGUGGGAGGAAAGCGGAGUAAACCCACACAGACACAGGGAGAACAUGCAAACUCCUCACAGAAACACCCUGAGUCGGAUUUGAACCCAGGACCUUCUUGCUGUGAGGCGACAGUGCUAACCACGACACCACUGUGCCACCCAUAAAUCCAUUCGUAUGUUUUUGGGGAAGCGGUACCUGCUGAGAAUCCACCCUGAGUUCUCACUGAACAGAUCAGCACGCUCUUUGAAAACGCCGCGCUCCCUGAGGAGGAGGAGCAGACGGUUCUCCAAGUCCUCCAAUAGAACAAAAUAAGACAUGAUACUUGUAUGUGUACUUGUAUUUGUACUUGUAAUUCUAGUUGUAGUUUCACUGUUCUACCACAAGGGUUUGUGUGUAGGCAUGCUCAGAGUUGGGUUUAAAUUUACGUUCUUUCCUAAGAACAAGUCCAGGUCGAUAAAUUCCAGACUUUGCGUGGGAAUGUUCGUACGCAUGGUUGAUAAAUGAGGCCCCAGCAGAGGGUCUUUUCUGCCCUCUGCUGGACAUGACUCACAUUACAUCAACCUCUGACGUUUUAAAAUAUUACAAAACUGAUUUUUGUCUUUGCUUUACAACAGGGGACCGUAAACACUCUCUAACAAACACGAAAAGAUCGUCAAAUGACGACACAGAACUCCACGCACUGACUGAAGAGGAGAGAGAGACUCUGCCGGACUCUGCAGAGAGCAGAACCAUCGGACUUUUGGACGAGAGGAGAGUUAGCGAAGAGUUAGACGAGAAAAUCUGUGAACAUCGAUUUUUGGUCGACACGGUUGUAUUAUUGAUGAAUUACAGGGCGGAUCUAGUGGAGCAGAAGAUUGAUAUGGAAAAAAAACUCAGAGAGGCAGAAAAUCAAACUCAGGAGGAGACGCUGACAGACGGUGGAACACAGACAGAGAGGACUGACAUGAACUCAGAGGGUAAAAAUGAAACUGACCCCAAAACAAAAGUGGAGUCCUUAAAGAAAGAGCUGCAGGAAAAGGAAACUAUUUUAACACUGAUACUCCAGGAGGUCGACAACUUGACAAAGAGGAAAGAAAGUGUAUACCGUCAGAUAAAUGAUAUUUAUUCACAGCGUGAGGAUGAGAAGGAAAAGGGAAAUGAAACGUACGCAGAACUCACUCUUUCCAGUUCAGACGCGUAA